GGGGGGAAGAGUGCCUGCAAGCGAAGGGUACGGCAUGGACCGUACAAGUAUGGAUUUCGGAAGAUGGGGCAUGUGGAUCGCCAGGCAGCUUCAUUUUCUGUGCGCUGCCCAGAAUGGCUCCGAGGUGGGCGCUGCAUAUUUCUAUUCUCCAACGAAAUUGCUUACUGCACUUUCAACCAGAUCCGACGCGGUCCGGGCCUCUGCGCUGCAUCGCGGCAGCCAUCGUCCUGCCAUCGCUGGAGCAGCCGUCCCAGUCCCCCCAACUCGAGUGAGAGUGUUCGGAUUUGGGUUGUAUUCGGUUCCUUCCCUGCUCCCUCCUCCCUCCCUGCGUGACGUGGCGGCGACGGCAGGACGCUGGCUGCCCGCCUUUCAAGUCCAUGCUCUCCCUGUAACCCCUCUCUCGCCUGACUUGAUUCUCUGUCCACUCCCCAACAGUGCCCUCCCUGCCGCCUCCCGUUCCUGGCGCUGGCCUCAGCAGCGAUUCUCCCACCAGCUCUGAGCGGCGGCGCCCUUGCCGAAGUGCUAACUUUUUAUUCGUAGGACUUGUCGGGGGGGAUGGGGAGGGCUAUGGCCCGUGGGGCGCCGACUACACUCAGCUCGGGGCAACGCCUUCGACCCGCCAUGGACUUUUUCCCGAGGCAGGAGAAGUCGCAGGUAACUUCUCUAGGAUCCUUUCAGGCUGUCGGACGAUGGGGGGAGCCAGUGGAUCCUUCCAGACUGUCGGAUGUUUCUCCUCCCCAUUCUCCUCCGCCUUCCGACUGACAGAAUCAUAGGAGCCAGCCUCGUCCUGGCGCCCCCCCUCAGGGCGCCCACUCACCCCCCCUCAGCCAGCGCUCGCACCGGACAGCGGUUUCUCGCCGGAGAACUGAAGAA